CAAAGUCCCAAAUUCGAGAGAUCGAUGGGGUCCUCUUCCUCCGUUCCGUCAUACUCGGCCUCGUUUUCUAACUCCAGCGCCGCCUCAACUCCUCCGUCGCCGCCUUCGUCGCCGUCACGAUUCAACGGGAAACCUAACGGCGAAGAAAGGCCUCGUUUCUUCGAUGCAAAGGCGAAGAACAAGUGCUGGGGGAAUGCUGACGUCGUCCCUGGUCGACAUCCCGAGAGGUGGCGUAAAGACGCCGCCGGAAACGUCGUUUGCAAACGCUUCGGAAAUUGCAGCGGUUGUCUCUGUUUCGAAUACGAUCACAUUGUUCCUUAUUCCAAAGGUGGAGAGUCGACGGCGGAAAAUUGUCAGAUUCUUCAAACGAGAGUGAACAGAUUAAAAUCAGCUCAAGAAAAUGUGGAUGCAACCACACUCAAGGGAUAUUCAUGUGGCCUGCAAUUCACUGACAAGGAGCUCGAUGUCAUUGAAAUGGCUGUUUAUGGAGACGUGUUAAGACCUGGAAAAGAAUGUCGCUGCAAAACAGUUGCCGAGCUGCUUGGUCAGUACAAGUCCAAAGAUGGUAAAGCCGCGUGUGAGUUACCAUCGUAGAAAGUAAUCAACUCUUUGUAAAGCUUUGAUUAUUCAACUCUUAUGCUCAAACUUUGCCGAUGAGAUUUUGGAUCCAUCUGAAUCUUUUACUCA